AUGGAGGCUGACCAUACUUCACAAGAACAAACAAGCAGUUCGGAUGAAGAUUCAGUCGGUGUUGCAGCUUGUGGCAGAAAGGGGAAAGAAAAGUGCUCUGCUUCGUCUUCCAAACAGUCCAAGUCAACUGCCUCAACAUCUACUAAGAGACUUACUGAAAGUGAUCCAGAGUGGCCAAAGCAUGAGCCUGGAUUCAAAAUCAAGAAGUUAGUCUAUCUUAAUGGAAAACAAUUUACUGAAACGGAUGUGAUCGAGCUUCUCCAAAAAAGUCCGGGAAUCUAUGAGGGUCGAUCAAAUCAAAAAGACAAAUCACUUGGUAGUCAUGUGGUGAUUGUAACUGGUUAUGGCACAACUCCCGAAGGUGUCAAUUACUGGACAAUUCAGAACUCGUGGGGAGUCCAGCCGAGGUGGCAACAAUCCCUCGUUGUUUCUCAAGAUUAUUCGAUUGGAGGUUAG